CCUCCCAGAGACCUGGACCAUGGACCCCAGGGAAUGCUCCUGCACGUCUGGAGGAGUCUGCCUCUGUGGAGACAACUGCAAAUGCACAACGUGCAACUGUAAAACAUGUCGAAAAAGCUGCUGCGCCUGCUGCCCCCCGGGCUGCGCCAAAUGUGCCCAGGGUUGCAUCUGCAAAGGAGCAUCGGACAAGUGCAGCUGCUGCCACUGAGACCCACCGGCCUUGCUGAGGGCGAGGCCCGGGAAAUGUCUGCACAGAGGGCUCGCUGAGAAGUUGAAACGAUGGUACUUUUUAUAUAUUCGCCCCAACAAGG